AUAUACAGUAGAUGUUUUGGAAUCACUUAGUAAAAAUGCUGGCUCCGCCACAAAAUGGGGCUAAUUUACCCACCUCGACUAUUUGAUUGGUACCUGCUAGGCUGCUACCUACCACUAUUACAUAUGUUGGAUAACUCUAUCACCAAGUUUUAGGCAGAAGAGAGAAAUCACUCUGUUGGGAUUUGAUCAUCAUCAUCAUUUAUUUUGCAUAAGGAAGUUGGAUGAUCUUCGGAGUGAAGGCUUAACAGUUAUGUGUAGCUAUUGUGACUGAGAGUUUGCAUCCCUGGAAAUAGAAAGAAAAAAUAAAAAAAAAAUCCACUAAGAAGAAUAGAAAAUAUAAAUAUAAUCAUGUUAUUGAGAACUCAAGUGGCUUUAAGAAAUUGAGAGUUACUGUAUCAUAAUUGAAACAAUGUAAAGAUUAUGGAAUAUUUUACAUACUCUAGAUUUUUGUUGACCUUAUUGUGACAUUACAGGCAGUCUAGUGGUCCCAUGGUCUAGUGAUCAGGACAUUGGAUACUGAAUCCAGUAACCCGAGUUCAAAUCUAAGUGGGACCUUUAGUUUUGGGUCUAUCAGAAACAACCUCUACCCCAAAAAGAUAUGAGUAAGGUCUGCCUUUCCCUGGACCCCACUAGUGGGAUUACACUGAGUGUGUUGUUGGUGUUACUUGGCAGUUCCAGUCACAUCGACCAAAUUUGUGAUUUUCCAUUGAUUUUAAUAUCUUUUUUUUUUCAUACUAGCAUCCAAAAAAACCAAACAUUGAUUUGAACCUAAGUUUGGCUUGACCUGUUAGGCUUUGAAAAAGACAUGCACAUGGAGUCUGAGAAUGUAAAUUUGUUAUGUACAUAGUGACAAGAUCCAAAAAUGGGUAAAAGUUACUGGACUCUGUUUAAAUAGUCAUCCCCCCUUGUGAGUUGUGAAAUGUCUAUCUCAUUGGUAGGUUCAAUUUGGACUGUGGCUUUUAUAAAAUUAUAUGAGAAGAAGAUAUUUUUUCUUCAAAAAUUGUAUCUAUUUGCAGUUAAAGGGUAGAAUUACAGCAAAAGAGCUACAGCCAAACAUUUCUUUAUAGAGGAAGUUCCAUCAUUGUUGACUAAAUUUGUGGCUAACUCCAACAAAGACAUUCUUUCCCCCCAUCCUUUUCAUUAUAUGAUGACUUGUGAGAACUUAGCACUACUACAUGGUACUAUAUAGUAUAUAGUGCUGUUGUUGUGAAGGGAGGAGUAUUAGAGAAUACGUCUUUGAACGUUUCUACUAAUAGGUGAAGGCUUUAUGUUGUAUCAUUGAGCCACCUGCAUAUUUUCAAAGAGUUGCUUUAAGGUUUUUAGUGUCCGUGUCUAAGAAUAUAUCAGUCGGAGAUGGAAGUUCAACGUUCUCUUGAACAAGAGAAAUCUUCAGGCAAAGAUGAUGCAGAUACAAUUAGAACUGGAACUUUGUGGACUGCAGUUGCGCACAUCAUUUCAGCUGUAAUCGGAGCUGGUGUUCUAUCUCUAGCCUGGUGUACAGCACAAUUAGGAUGGAUUGCAGGGCCAAUCACCAUGCUUUGUUUUGCAGUUGUUACAUACAUAUCUGCAUCUCUCAUAUGUGAUUGUUACAGGUCACCUGAUCCCAUAACAGGAACGCGAAAUCCCUCUUACAUUGAUGCCGUUAGAGUUAAUCUUGGCAAGAAAUGGACGUGGUUGUGUGGUUUGCUUCAGUAUGUGAGCUUCUAUGGGACUGGUAUUGCUUAUGUAAUUACAAGUGCAACAAGUAUGAGAGAAAUUCAGAGAUCAAAUUGUUACCAUAAAGGAGGAGAAAAAGUUGUUUGCCAGAGGACAAAUAAUUUCAUGCUGAUCUUUGGCAUUAUUCAGAUAGUAACAUCGCAGAUACCAAAUUUUCAUAACAUGGCAUGGUUGUCUGUUGUUGCUGCGCUAAUGUCAUUUUGUUACUCUUUCAUCGGAUUGGGCCUUGGAUUCUCUAAAGUGAUCGAUAAUAGGGGUAUCAAGGGAAGCAUUGUGGGAGUACCAACAAAGAGUGCUGCUCAGAAGAUUUGGUUAGUUUUCCAGGCACUCGGAGACAUUGCUUUUGCCUAUCCUUAUUCGAUUAUUCUCCUCGAGAUACAGGAUACACUAAAAUCGCCUCCACCAGAAAAUCAGACCAUGAAGAAGGCGUCAAUAAACGCAAUAGUUAUCACCACUUUCUUCUAUCUAUGCUGUAGUUGCUUCGGAUAUGCAGCCUUUGGGAACGACACACCAGGGAACCUCUUGACAGGUUUCUACGAGCCGUUUUGGCUUGUUGAUUUUGCCAAUGCCUGCAUAGUCCUCCAUCUGGUUGGAGGGUAUCAGGUAUACAGCCAGCCAGUAUUCGCAUUUGUUGAAAAAUGGGCAACUCAGAAGUACCCUCAGAACAGAUUCAUAAAUAAAUUCUACGCCAUCAAACUCCCGGUGUUGCCAGCUCUCCAGUUGAACCUCUUCCGGUUAUGUUUUCGAACUCUAUAUGUUAUAUCUACAACAGCAAUAGCAAUGGCAUUUCCAUAUUUCAACCAGGUAUUAGGAAUCUUGGGAGCAUUGAACUUUUGGCCUAUGACCAUAUAUUUUCCAGUGGAAAUGUACAUUGUGCAAAGAAAAAUUGGAGCUUGGACAAGAAAAUGGAUACUUCUUGAAGGUUUCAGUAUGGUUUGUUUGAUUGUAUCUUUACUGGGGUUGAUUGGAUCAAUUGAGGGAAUAGUUAAAGCUAAAUUAGCUUGAAAUGUAAAAUCUUACAAUUAAAUAGCUAGCUAGUAAGAUUUGUAAGCCAAAAGACACUGUAUUCAUGCCAUUCUUCAAAUGGAAUUUACACAUCUCAUUCAGUAACUUAAAAGUA